AUGGAAGCCUCCGAUGGGCAGGCGGGCGAAAGGGAGGAGCCACUAGAGCAGGGAACGAACACACUCAGCUUAGAGAGGAGCUCCAGUACCACCCCAGCCAAAGACUCCCUUGUGCGCCAUGCCAAGGGCCUUGACCAGGACACCUUCAAAAUUUGUAAAGAAUAUCUAAGGCCACUGAAGAAGUUCCUGCGAAAGCUGCACCUGCCGAAGGACCUUCCCCAGAAGAAAAAACUGAAGUACGUGAAGCAGAGCCUGGUGGUCCUAGGGGACCACAUCAACACCUUUCUGCAGCACUACUGCCGAGCCUGGGAAAUCAAGCACUGGAAGAAGAUGCUCUGGCGGUUUGUCUCCCUCUUCUCAGAGCUGGAGGCGAAGCAGCUUCGCAAACUCUACAAGUACACCAAGAACAACCAGACGGCCAAGUUCCUGGUGGCCUUCUGCCCCUUGGACGCCCCAGAGAGCUCCUUGCUGGCCGACCAGGAGGACAGUCUGCCCAAGCUCUGCACUGCCUGGGGGCUCCACAGCGACCUCAGCGGCAUGAAGGAGAGGCUGUCCAAGCUGCAGGCCCCGGGCCACCCAGCCUGCCUGCUGGAGGAGCCGAGAGCCAGGGGCCCCUUCGGGAGAGGUUCUAAGCUUCCUGAAAAGCCAAAACUCAAGAGAAAGAGGAUUAAGGAAGCCCCAGACACUCCAGAGACCUGUCCGUAA